CUAGCGUGGAGAUUGGUGAAAGUGUGAGAGGGGAAGAUGUCUACAUCAUCCAGAGUGGCUGCGGGGAAAUUAACGACAACCUGAUGGAGCUCCUUAUCAUGAUCAAUGCCUGCAAGAUCGCGUCAUCAUCCAGGGUGACUGCUGUGAUCCCGUGUUUCCCAUAUGCCCGACAAGAUAAAAAGGACAAGAGUCGUGCCCCAAUUUCUGCAAAACUUGUGGCCAAUAUGCUGUCGGUGGCCGGGGCGGAUCACAUCAUCACCAUGGACUUGCAUGCCUCUCAGAUACAGGGAUUCUUUGAUAUUCCUGUGGAUAAUUUGUAUGCGGAGCCCGCAGUCCUGCAGUGGAUUCGGGAAAACAUUGCCGAGUGGAAGAACUGUAUCAUUGUUUCACCUGACGCAGGGGGAGCCAAAAGGGUCACGUCAAUUGCAGACAGGUUGAAUGUGGAAUUUGCUUUGAUCCACAAAGAGAGGAAGAAGGCGAAUGAAGUGGACCGGAUGGUCCUGGUGGGCGACGUGAAGGACCGCGUGGCCAUCCUCGUGGAUGACAUGGCUGACACAUGCGGCACCAUCUGCCAUGCUGCGGACAAGCUGCUGUCAGCUGGAGCCACCAAAGUGUAUGCUAUCCUUACCCAUGGGAUCUUCUCUGGACCAGCUAUUUCCAGAAUAAAUAAUGCCGCCUUUGAGGCUGUUGUCGUCACAAACACAAUUCCGCAAGAGGACAAAAUGAAACACUGCACCAAGAUUCAGGUCAUUGACAUUUCCAUGAUCUUGGCCGAAGCAAUCCGAAGGACACACAAUGGGGAAUCCGUGUCCUACCUGUUCAGCCAUGUCCCGCUAUAAAUCCAGAAUGGGAAGUGCCCAGCAAGCCUACUCUGACUUCUGACUUGUUUUUGUUUUCUGGAUGUUUAGCUGUAGGUACUCAGCAAUGAUAGGUUAAUCACUGGCAAAAGCAUCAGAUCUUUGUAUAUGCUAAGAUUUAUUGUUUCCCCUUCUAAAGCUCAAGAUCAUUUCUUUCCAGUUUUUGGGGAAAUGGUGGUGGUUAUUUGGUCUUUAAGUGAACUGUCUUAAAUGAGAAACGUUUUUGUCAUUUUGACUUUUAACGGGUACAGGUGAUCUCUUCCUUUGUUCUUUCAGUACUUUGAGGCGACAACUUUCAAGUAUAUAAUUUCAUUGUGGAAGUCAUAGUUUAUAUAUUUCGAGGUUGCCAAAGGUGACUUCAGAUUAAAACCUUCUGUGUAAAUAUAUAUGAUAAUGCCUAUGGACAUUUGGGUAAAACCCUGUAUAGAAUUAAUUAGCCUUUUACUUUGGAGUGAACCUUGGAAAAUUUAUAAUUAUCAUACCAUGGAUUUUGAAUUUUUUUUUUUUUUGAUAACUCAGUUUCAUAUAAACCAUCUUGGUUACUGUGCUUAAUUUGGACCAAAUUUUAUUUAGCUUAAUAUGGACACUGACACAUUUUGGGGGUAUACAUCAGACAUAUCAGAACAGUGUAGUUCUGGAUCAUUUUUUAAAUUACCACUUCUAAAACAUAACUGUCACUUACCUGAAAUGCUGCAUCCUAAAAUUCCAAAAUUAUAUUGAGCAAUCGCCAAGGCCUAAAGCCAAUUGACCUUUACAGGUAAUCAUUCCAGCUAACAUUAAAUUUAAAGCCUAAGAAUGUAUAGAGCUAAUUUUAAAAUAAUGAUCUCAGAUUUUUAAAAAGGAUAUAGGAACCUGCAUUGUCAUUCUCUGAAUUCAGAACUGAUGGUUUCUAUCAUUAUUUAGCCCCACCUUUGUAUUUUAAAGUCCUUCAGAAUACUUUUAGGAACCAAUGAGACUGGACUUAGCCACACGCAUUGGAAAUUCAGACCUUGACUAUUUGGUUUUUCCAGUUCACAAAGGUGAUGAAGACUGUCUUGGGAGCAACUUAAUCCCAGAAGUUGUACAUUUCUUGCGGCUCCUGGCGUGGAAACUUAAGUGAGACCACCGAAUACAUUGGUCCUGUCCAAUUCUACUGAAUGGGGGUGGACUUGGCACUUACCUGGCCAAAAACAGGAGCCAGAGAAAUAUGAAUAUACCAAAGUUGUUUAGCCUCCAUCUUCAAUUACGUUAGUCAACUUAUAGAUAUUCAUAUGAUCACUUUUCUUUUUAGAUACUACAUCAACUAGAUUCAGGAAUAUAUCAUUUGCAGUGCUUGUAUUGGUUUAAAAUAUAAGAUUUUAAGAUCCUCUAACAUUGUACUAAAAAACUUCAAUAAAAUCAUUCUGACUGCUUUCAUA